CUGGGAGGUUUGACUCACUCGCAUACCAUGUGUCCUUCCGCGCGCAGCACGGGGGACUUUUCGGUGGGGAUUUUGGGCGCCGACCAGACGCGGCAUUUUCGGAAAAUAGCGCCCUGUGCAGCUGAAGCGCUUUGUGUGUAGCGGGGCCGCGUCAGCCCCGGCCGGCUACGAGGCGCCUCGGGUCCCCCGCACCACCUCCCGCGGCUCCCCCGUCGCCGCUCCCGAAGCUUUUCCAGAAAAAAACAGCUGGACUGUCGAGGCCACUCAGCAUUGUCAUGCAUACAUGAGACUGUGCGUUCACCCCCUGGCUCCACAUUAAAAAAAAUAUGUCCCUGGUAGAUUUGGGAAAGAAGCUUUUAGAAGCAGCACGAGCAGGUCAAGAUGAUGAAGUUCGUAUUUUGAUGGCCAAUGGAGCUCCUUUUACUACAGACUGGUUGGGAACUUCUCCACUUCAUCUGGCAGCUCAGUAUGGACAUUACUCCACCACAGAAGUGCUGCUCCGAGCUGGUGUGAGUAGGGAUGCCAGAACCAAGGUGGACCGAACGCCAUUGCAUAUGGCAGCUUCUGAGGGCCAUGCCAGCAUUGUGGAGGUUUUGCUGAAGCAUGGUGCUGAUGUCAACGCGAAGGACAUGUUAAAGAUGACAGCUCUACAUUGGGCCACAGAACACAAUCAUCAAGAGGUGGUGGAACUCUUAAUCAAAUAUGGUGCCGAUGUACACACGCAAAGUAAAUUCUGUAAAACCGCAUUUGAUAUCUCCAUAGACAAUGGGAAUGAAGAUCUAGCAGAGAUUUUACAGAUUGCUAUGCAGAACCAAAUCAACACAAACCCAGAGAGCCCUGACACUGUGACGAUACAUGCUGCAACACCGCAGUUUAUCAUCGGACCUGGAGGGGUGGUGAACCUAACAGGUCUGGUAUCUUCAGAACAUUCAUCCAAGGCAACAGAUGAAACGGGUGUAUCUGCUGUUCAGUUCGGAAACUCCUCCACGUCAGUAUUAGCUACAUUAGCCGCCUUAGCUGAAGCAUCUGCUCCGUUGUCCAAUUCUUCAGAAACUCCAGUAGUGGCCACAGAGGAAGUAGUUACUGCAGAAUCUGUGGAUGGUGCAAUUCAACAAGUAGUUAGUUCAGGGGGCCAGCAAGUCAUCACGAUAGUUACAGAUGGAAUUCAGCUUGGAAAUUUGCACUCCAUUCCAACCAGCGGGAUAGGGCAGCCCAUCAUCGUGACCAUGCCAGACGGACAACAAGUAUUAACAGUACCAGCAACAGACAUUGCUGAAGAAACUGUUAUAAGUGAAGAACCACCAGCUAAGAGACAAUGUAUCGAAAUAAUUGAAAACCGGGUGGAAUCUGCAGAAAUAGAAGAGAGAGAAGCUCUUCAGAAACAGCUGGAUGAAGCAAAUCGAGAAGCACAAAAGUACCGACAGCAGCUUCUAAAGAAAGAACAGGAAGCAGAGGCCUACAGACAGAAACUAGAAGCUAUGACUCGUCUUCAGACUAAUAAAGAAGCGGUUUAAUUGACAUGAACAUGUCGUUUGAGUUUACUUUUGGUCAAGAAAGAAUACAAUCUUGAACUGUACACAGUGAGGUACAGUCAUGGGAAGACAAGAUAAUACAAGAGACUCCACAAUGACAAUUGGACUUAAGCCAUGAGCUCCGAAUUCUUGUAACAUAAAAUUUUAGAAGUUGUGAAAUGUAUUUAAACUGAAUUCUGUACAUAGUUUUUUUUACAGUUCCAAAUGAGCUGAUAAAGAUUGUUGAAAAGAUUAAAAAAAAAAAAAAAGACCCACACACAAUAAACCACUGGUUUUGUGAAUUCUUUUUGAUUUUAGUACAAAAAACUUAGUUUCUCAAGAACAGAACAGUUUUAAGGGUGAUCGUUCAUCAGACCAAAUGGUAUGUAAUAAUUAUGUAGUGGACUAACGCUGGAAAUACACUUGGUUUAAUCUUCACUAUGAAGAGAAAAUUUCUCCCAGGAAAUCUUUGUACAGCUGUACGUUGUCUCAGAUUCUCUGAAAACGCAUUUUUUUUUAGAAAGCAAAAUUUUAUAUUUGUUUGAUUUCAGCUAUAUCCAAGUAGAUUUACAUGUAUAUGAAGCAAAAUAUUUUUAAAACUUGCUGUUUGUACAUAUUCUGCAUGUUUUAUAAUUUCAAAAUGCAUCACUUGCAUAGGUAUUCUCCCAACAAAGAUGAUGAAAAGGAAAAAAAAACCUUUUAGUUAAUGGUUUAUUAAAACUAGAGAGGCUUAAGAUAGCAGUGGGUUUUUAUUGGGAUGAAAAUGUUCUAAGAAGGAGCAGCUUAUGAGAAAAAUUGAAUUUGCAAACUGCAAAAAAAAUCGCCUUUUUUUAAAAUUUCAUAGUGGGGACGUGAAACUAUAUUCUGUGCCUUCCAUCAUGAUUUCCACAUGAAAGCACUUUAAGGCACUGGGUUUUAAGAUAAUUUUUUUUUUUAAUUCAAAGCAUAUGAGUUUGUGAACUAUUUCAUGGACUCAUUCCCCCCCCCCCAAGUAUUCUUGUGGAAAAAAAAUGCUUUUGUAUGUAGAACAAGAACCUUUUGUACUAUAGUGAUGUUAUAGACAUGUCUGACAUAAUAAUUUUUACUUUUUCCUGUGAAAGCUGUAUGUCUGUGCUGUGACUUGCUCUCAUCACAAUAGUGUUCGAAUUCCACAUGUAUGGACAUUAAACUCUUGACAUACUGGUUUUUUUUUUCUUUUUCUUUCUUUUUUUUUUUUUUUUGUGAAACAUAAUCCCAAGGCCCUUUUUCUUGCUUUAUUUUUUUAAUGUUUGCUACUUUAAGAAAAUGUUUAGCCCUAAGAUCUUUCUAGAUUAUCUGUAGUGUAUAAAGAAGCAAUUACCCUUAAAACUGUACUCUGGCCUACUUUUCUAUUUUACAAUUAAAUAUCUUUUCCACAUAAA